AGAAAAUAAAAAAGCUACAGAAGGGCCAACGAAGCUUCUCUUGUAUACAUUAAACAAAACCCAGUUCAUUUAAAGGUCUCUCAGAGCUUUCUCUCCGCUCGUCUCUGGUUUCAAAUAAGCUUCUCUUUCUCUCUACUCUUCUUCUUGCUCAUACCCUUUUCAUGCUUUCUGGUUUUUCUGGGUUGCCUUUGCUGUUCAACUUUAAUGUCUAGGCCCUUAGAACAUGAUUACAUAGGCUUGUCAGAGGUUUCUUCAAUGGAAAGCUCUGAGAAGAUUUCUUCUGCCUCCUCUACUGUUUCCACUGAGGAGGAGAAGAGCAAUGCUCUUAACCUCAAGGAGACUGAACUGAGGCUUGGCUUGCCUGGUUCUGAAUCUCCUGAGAGGAAGUCUGGAGCUGGGGUCGGAGUUUCCCUUCUGGGGAGGACAGUGGAGGAUAAGAACGGCUACUCACUUGGCGUGCUCAAGAAUUUUGUUUCUGGGGCUAAGAGGGGUUUCUCUGAUGCUAUUGAUGUUUCUGGGAAAUGGGUUUUCUCUGGGAAUGGUGGAUCUGAGGUUGACAUGGGGAAGGGAGCCGUCUUGUUCUCCCCGAGAGGUGUAAAUGGUGUCAAGUCUCUUGGCGUUUUGGAGAACGCUAACCAGCAGCCUGGUUCGGCUGCUCCUGCGCUGAAAGAUGUUGUUCCACCUUCGCCCAAACCGGUGCAGGACAAGAAACCCCAGAUGCCUGCUGCAAAUGACCAUGUCGCUCCUGCUGCUAAGGCUCAGGUUGUAGGAUGGCCACCAAUUCGAUCUUUCCGGAAAAAUACCAUGGCUGUAAACCCAGCAAAGAACAAUGAUGAUGAUGAAGGAAAGUCGGGAUCUGCAUGUCUCUAUGUUAAGGUUAGCAUGGAUGGUGCUCCAUACCUGAGGAAGGUCGAUCUCAAAACCUAUGGCAGCUAUAAAGAACUUUCAGCAGCGCUUGAGAAGAUGUUCAGCUGCUUUACCAUUGGGCAGUGUGGUUCUCAUGGAGUCCCAGGUCGUGAUGGGCUGAGUGAGAGUCGAUUGAUGGAUCUUCUCCAUGGUUCUGAAUAUGUGCUAACUUAUGAGGACAAGGAUGGUGAUUGGAUGCUUGUUGGUGAUGUUCCUUGGGAGAUGUUUACUGACUCUUGCCGGAGGCUGAGGAUUAUGAAAGGUUCAGAGGCAAUUGGCCUAGCUCCAAGGGCCAUGGAGAAGUGCAAGAAUCGGAACUAGCAACACUGCUGUAACCACUGCCGGCAGAUUGAUGUUGCAACAAGUGAAGCCGAAGGCGAUUUGAAGUGUUAUUUUAGAUUGAAUACCUGAAAAGCCUUAAGAGGGUUUUAAAGUUGGUUACUGUGUUUCCUAAUCCUAUAUUUUCUAUGUAUCUUGAGGUUUGAUGUCUUUCAUGGACUGGAAAAAAAAAAGAAAGACUUGUAGGCAGAAGGUAUCAACCCUAGAGACAGAUCCUGCAGGCUACGUAGAUAUGUGGUUUUUGUUCUGUAUCUAUAUUUUGAUUGUUUGCCUUCUCUCAUUCUACGUAUGUAAAUGGUUUGUUUACUGUUUGCUAAUUGGGCCUGUCUCUGCUCAUUCAUUUUUUACUUUGGAAAUCUGAGAUUCAAAAGAAAGUUUACUUGUCGCAUUAGUUUGGAGAUAUUGAAUGAAGAUGGUCCUGUCCAGAGU